AUGGCCACCAACUCACGCUUCGGCGUCAGCCUUGGCAUGGCGUUGUUGAUCUCAGCCCUGCUUCUUCUGACUCUCGGUACCCAAGCAACCGCCUGUACUAGCACAACGGACACCAUUUGCCAGGCGUGUACGCCCUGCCCUACCACCCACUAUGAGAGCAGUGCGUGCACCAGCUCUAGCGAUCGCGUGUGCUCGUUAUGUGACUCUUGUGCUGCCAAUACCUUCCGCUCGGCACCAUGCACACGACAAAGCAAUACGCAGUGCACGCCCUGCACCGCUUGCACGACCGGCCAAUACAUGGCACGCAAUUGCACCCCACACGCCGAUGCUAUGUGUGCCACCUGCGCAUCCUGUCCGGCCCACCACUACGAGCAUGCUGCCUGCACCGCAAACGCCAACACGGACUGUCGCGCUUGCAGCCGUUGCCCAGCCGGCCAGUAUCAAGCCAGCGCCUGUACGGCUGAUAGUGACACCGUGUGCACAACGUGUACAGUUUGUGCAUCGUAUGAGUUUGUCAUUUCGCCAUGCACGGCGGAACACGACACAAUCUGCGGGUUUGGCUCUCCGGAUGUGGCUACCUCUCUUCAGAUUCAGAUUGGCAGCUCUGAUCUUUUGGCACUUCAAAGUGCUGGCUUUGCCGCGCAAUCGUCUGACCUCUAUCUUGCGCCUGAUUUGGCUUUGGUGGACAGCUAUGGCAACGGGCUUGCAACAGCCUCAGAGUAUGUGCGCAUUGCGGACAUUGGCACAGACACUUUGUCUCCUGAGUUGCAAACCUUCUCUGCAGAUCUGAACGCCAACUUUCUACGUUUAUCCUUCAGCGAGGCUGUCAAUGUUUCUUCUUUCAACACCUCGGCCUUGUCAUUGUCCGCCACUGGCCUUGUGCCCGAGCUCAGUCUCCGUGACACAAGUGCCGUUGUUGCUCUGGCACAAAAUCAAGUGAUGCAGGUCAAUCUUUCCGAGACGCAGGUGGAUGCCAUCAAAUCCUCCCUGCUGCUAGGUCGCAAUCGCACGACCCUAUAUUUGCACGUUGCGGCAAAUUUGGUUUACGACUUUGCCGGCAACGUUCUGACAACACCUGCUCACUCACUUUUGCCGACCACUUUUCAGCCCGAUCUCACCAUUCCCGAGCCCGUCCUUGCUGCUUUCAACCUCAGCUUGGGCCACCUCAGCAUCACUUUUGAUGAAGUGGUGAGCACAACACUGUUGCUUCCCACGGCGCUCUACUGUGAUGGUGUUCAGCUGGGCGAGAUCACGGCUGCAGCCAGCACCGCCACACUUCCUCGGUCACGCACCAUGGACUUUGUUCUUGGCAGCUCGACACUCAAUUCCAUCAAGGCCAACAACGCAUACGUGCCCGAUGGUACAUUUGUAUUGAGGUUUCCCGCCGGUGCUGCAAGCGAUCGUGAUGGUAACCACAUGUUACCCGUCAACGUCACGGCCUCGACAGCCCCUGAUGUAGUGUCUCCUACUCUCACGUGGGCAGCAAUCAACUUUGACAGCAACCUUCUGCAGGUGGAGUUUGAUGAGCCCAUCGUUACACGCUAUGCCAUUCCAAAUCGUGUACAUAUCAACGAUGGCCAAGGCACCAGCUUUAACAUGUCCGGCGCCAACCUCCUGGUAUCGAAAAGCCAGUUGGCUACCCUGUACUUGCCCAACACCCUUAUCGAGGCCAUGAAGCAGGAAGAUGGGUUUGCGACCAAUGCCACAGGCUUGCUGCUGGCCCUUGACCCCGGAGCCUUCCUCGACACGUCCAACAACAGCAAUAGCGCUGUGGCUGGUUUCCCCUUGGCAAACUAUACGGCCGAUGCGGUGCAACCAGCACCCGUCACUGCAGUCCUUGACAUGAAUCUAGGCCAGCUCACCCUCACCUUCAACGAGUCUAUCCAGACAAACUCCAUCAAUGCUUCUGCCGUACAGCUCUAUGAUCAGAUUACGGCAGGACGAGUUGUUCCACUGCAUGAAGCAAGCAUUCUCGUUGAUGCCGUCUUGAUCUCAAACCCCGCGGUCGCCUCCACAGCUACUGUGGUGGUGCUGGAAUUAAGCAGCACAGAGCUCAACCAGGCCAAGCAGUUUCAGUACAAUGCAUCUUAUCUGGCAGUGCAGGUGGACACGGCCUUUGCUGUUGACGUAUUUGGGAAUCCGACACUUGCACAAAACUUGCCGUUGACCGGGUUUGUCGCCGACAGUACUAGUCCGACCCUGGAGCAGCUCACUGUGGACCUCAAUGCUAGUACAAUUACGCUGCAACUGAGCGAAGCAGUCGACGUUGGCUCUUUCAACUUGUCAGCCUUGUUGUUUAUGGGCAUUAAUGACACCACGUUUCGUUUUCCAACCCUGACGCCCGAGAGCUCUGCCACCUCGGCGAUUGACACUGUUUUUGUCUUUGCCAUUCCCGAGGCUACGGCCACAGCCAUCAAGAGCAGUGACGCAUUGUUUGUCCAGCAAAACGAUACGUGGGCCCUGAAUGCUACCUCCUCUUUGGUCGUCGAUUACAGCGAUAAUUCUCUCAGCUUUCUGCCCGCCCCCCUUAGCGUCAGCCUGAUCACGGACCAGCGCCAACCAUUGCUUGUGGCCUAUAGCUUGAAUAUGACCAAUGGCGCCCCGCCCAUCAGCAUUACACUUACUUUUAACGAGCCAGUCCUACUGGACAGCAGCAACUGGAGUCUAGCAACCUUGGCGUCGGCAGAGGCCGGGAAUCCCGCCGCGGAGACCCUGUCCUUGGCAGAUACAGUGCUGGUCUCGAGCAGCAAGUAUGCCGCAGUGGUGACAGCUACUUUGAGCGAGGCAACAUGGGUCCGCUUGACGGACUAUGACAACACCAUUCUUGUAUCUGCGGCCACCUCGUACCUCAAUUUGCACGAGGGUUUCGUCCAAGACUCCAGCGGUCAGGCCUCUGCUACAGUGGCGAACCAGCUUCCUGCUUCAUAUGAGCUGGACUUGAUUCAUCCAGAGGCUCUGGAUGCCCUCCUUGACAUGUCGGCGCUAGAACUAUCGCUCACCUUCUCCGAGCCCGUCAUCUUAGCUUCGCUCAAUGCCUCCCGCCUCAUUGUGCGUAGUGCAGAUGCUAAUGUCAGCUUGGCAGGGUCUUCCGUUGUGGCCGGAGGCGCGCUUGCGGCCACCUCAUUGACUCUGGAGCUGGCCAGUUUGGCCGCUGAGCAGCUCAAGGCGUCGGGCAACUUUGGCACAGCUGUUGUUGAUGCCAGUGUUGUGUUGCUCGCAGGUUCAGUCACUGACGAGGCUGAAAACCCAGCACGAGUCGCCCAACUCCCGCUGACAAGCAUUGUUCCCGACACCACACGACCAACUAUCGACUCAAUCUCACUCAACAUGAGUAGCGGUGUGGUACAAAUUCGCUUCAGCGAGCCCGUGAAUGCCAGCUCAGUGGAUCUCGCACGCCUCUUUUUGGAGGCCUCGGCUAAUGCUGCUACGUCGUUGCGCCUGCAAGACCCCAGCGCCAUCAUAUCUGUCUUGGACCGCCGCGACCUUGUCAUCGCGUUUUCGAACACCCAAGCCAAUGAGAUUCGAGCGCAGGCGGGUCUAGCUCGCGAUCAAGCCUCAUCCUACUUUCGCUUUAGCGAAGCCUUUGUGAAGGACAUGUCCGGCAACCCGUUGGGCGCUCAAACGCUUGAGGUGACGGUGUAUCACCCCGAUAUUAUCCCCCCGUAUCUGGUGAGCUUUGAAGUGGACAUGUCAGAUGAAGCCAUUAGCCUGACCUUUUCUGAACCCGUCAAUGCCAGCACCUUUGAGCUGGUGACAAUGGUAAUAGUGAACCGUUAUGCCAACGUCAGCACGAACCUUUCGCAAGCCACCGUGACCGCUGCCACAACUUUGGCCUCCUCUGUUACUUUGACCAUGAGUGCCGCGCUUGCCGAUGAUCUGAAGCGCCAGGAUCUGUGCUCAGGGACCAUCCAGGAUUGCUUCCUCAACUUGGAUGCUGGCUAUGUCACAGGUGCUGAUGCCAUCGCUGCGCGUGCUGAUGCCUUGCAAGCCACCUCCGUCGUAGCCGAUGAUCAGGGGCCAUCGCUAGCCUACCACGGGUUUUCAAUUUACAACGCUGACACAGCUCAGCUCACCAUGCUGUUUGACGAGAGCAUUAGCCUGUCCUCGCUCAACUUUUCUGGAUUCUCCUUGCGCAGCGUUUUUGAUGAAGCCACACCAGCCAUCUCUCUCAGUGGUGCGGUGGCCCUGACAGCUACGGAUGGGCCUCAAAUUGUGAUUCAACUUGCCAACGACACGAUCGAUGCCCUGCAGCGUGAGGACGCUAUUUGUACCAUUCGAAGCAAUUGCUAUCUAUACCUGAGCGCAGGCGCCGUGCAAGAUCGUGCCGGCAAUCCCUCGCUUGCCGUGGAUGAGAACGACGCAUCUACCUUGGUGCGCACUUUUGUGCGCGAUACGACAGCGCCCUACAUUGUCAGCUAUGCCUUCAACAUGUCUAGCGGCGAGCUGUCUUUAUCCUAUUCUGAAAUCGUCGAUGGAAGCUUAGUCCUUGCCUCUUUAUCUCUACAGGGCCGCCCGGAUGCAGUUUCCAGUGAGAUUGUGACCCUGGCCGGUGGCGCCGUCUCCGGCCGGAACGAGCGCACCAUGACUGUGGACCUCUUGACGAGCGAUGUCCGUGCGCUCAAGCUGCGCUUGAUUGGCACGAGCGCCGCAACGCUCUUUCUCAACGUGGAAGCAGGUGCAGCACGCGAUAAGGCCAUUCCACAAAACCCUUCGGCUGCCACGGUAAAGCUGCCAGUCAGCGACUAUUAUGCAGACACCAUUGCACCCUCUCUGGCUUCCUUCUCCGUCAAUCUGAACCAGCGUCUCUUGACGUUGGUGUUUGCCGAGCCCGUACUGCUCAACACUUUUAAUGCCGAAGGCAACGCCUCGAUUGUGUUGCAGAGCAUGGCCAACGAGAGCACCGAGUCGGUGUCGCUAACCACAACAUUGGACGAGGGUCAGGACAACGUCUCGGCCACAGUGGUUUUGGUCAUGACAGCACAGAACGUCUUGAGCAUUAAAGCCGAGGCAAACCUUGGAACGUCGACCUCCAACACCUUUUUGAGCAUCAACGGUUGGAUCUUGACGGAUACGUCCGGGAACUUCAAUGCACCCAUUCCGAACAACGAGGCCAUUGCUGCCAGCGAGCUGCUUCAAGACGCAACCCGUGUCGAGCUGGUGUCUUUUGACCUUGACUUUGCACUGCGCACUGUCACUCUACGUUUUUCGGACCCCGUCAGAGCCUCUACUUUCCGGGCACGGGCCGUCAGCUUCGUCUCGGGCGCUGUGGAUCCUGCUUCUGUGGCGCUUUCCACAAGCACCUGCAGCAGCCCGGACGGAUUUGUGCUCGUCAUCGACUUGAGUCCCGCGGACAUGGCUGUUUUGUUAGACAAGGACAAUUUUGGCGACAACACCAGCAAUACGUUUUUAGUCAUGUCCGCGACCGCGUUUGACGACGUCAACGGCUUUGACGUCAUUGCUGUGACCGAAGACGCGCCCAUGCAGGCGUCCAGCGUUGUGCUGGAUACAACGGCCCCUACAGUCGUGAGUGUGACUAUCGAUCUGGGUGCUGGCUCUUUGGCCGUCAAUUUCUCUGAGCCCAUGCUCCAAGCCCUAAAUGCGACUGGGGUCGCCCUCACAACCAACGCAUCCAUGCCUGCCUUGCUUUCGCAAGAGCUGCAAUUGUACCCUGGUUCUUCAAGCGUACAGUGGUCCAGCGACAACACGUCAGUUGUCCUCAGUUUAGCGCAAGCUGAUGCAGGGUGGCUGAAGCGGGCCCAGGUGGCAUCGGGCACCUUUAAUGCAAGCUUCCCUUCUUUGCUGGGACGUGAUCGAUCUGGCAUUGGCAGUGAAGCUUCUAUCGUGGUCAUCACUUCGGUGGUUUUGGAUACUCAAGGGCCCACGGUAUUGAGCUAUGUGCUGAACAUGAAUAAUGGCUCACUCACGCUUUACUUUGACGAGCCUGUCUUGGUGGCUUCCCUCAACACGUCUUAUCUGGCUGCCGCUCCCUCGGGCAGUGCCCUUGAUAUUUUGAGUCAGGGCGUGGCUUUGCGCCAACAUAGUGCCGCAGAGGCGGGGUCCGAUGGCUUGACGGUAACGCUGUCUGUCGAAGAACGCGCCAAUCUUCUGCUCGCUGGUGUUGGUGCCUCGGCGGCAAACACGUCCUUUGCCACCGAGGCUGGUCUCGUCAUGGAUCUCUUUGGUAAUGCUUUGGCCACGGCGGCAGUGUUGCCCAAUCUCACGCUGUUUGCCGAUGAAGAAGCACCGCUUCUCGUAACGUUCACUCUCAACAUGGACGACCAUACUGUGGUGCUGGAGUUUAGCGAGACCUUGGCCGCACCGGUGGAACUCGAUCGUCUGACGCUGCAUAACCCCGACCGCUCCUUUGAGUUUUCACUUGAAAACCAAACUGCUACCGCUCCCACCGGCGUCACCCUUAGAGUAAAUCUCCAUGCAAAUGCCCAGAAUGCCAUCAACUUGGCGACAGAUUUUGGCGCCACUCUCUCAGCCACCCUCAUCUCUGUCGAUGCUGGUGCGGUGCAAGACCUCUCCGGAGUGGCAAUCAACGUCCUGGCCAAUCGCAGUGCCGACUUCAUCGUGGCUGAUGCUACCGCACCCGCGGUGCUCUCAGUUGUGCUCGACCUCACCGCACAUGAACUGAUUUACAGCUUUGACGAGAUCAUCAAUGUCAGCUCCGUCGUGGCAACCGCCGUCACAAUGACCAUCAACAACACGGCGGUGCUUGCGGUGACCGGUGCCGCAGCCACUCCCCCCACACGCGCAUCAAGCGUUACCUUUGGCUUGGCUCCUGAGGCCUAUCGACAAGUGCUGCUCUCGUUGAACGGAGAAAGUACGAUUGCAGCUUCGAUCGACAUUGAGGUUAACUUUGCGCGAGACGUUUGGGGCAACGGCGUGGUAGCUUCAGAGUCCAACGUGACAAUUCAGGCAGACCUCGAACGCCCAACCAUCACCAGUGCCUCAUUGAACCUUACCACCGAGCUUGUGACCAUCAUCUUGUCUGAACCGGUGCAAGAGGAUCUUGUCAACGUGACAGGCCUCACCCUGUGCAGCGACAUCAACUGCAGCGAACAAAUUGCUCUCACCCCUUCCAUGGUGAGCUCCACCACGGUCGUUGGGGAUGCCAGCAACGUCGUGCAAAUUGGCAUGAGUUCGCUGCUCAUUGACAGCAUUCAGGCCUCACCCGUCCUUGGCACUACCGUCAAUAACACCUUUUUCCGUGCCGAGGCUGCUACGGUGGUGGACUUGGCUGGAAACCCUCUCUCCGCCAAUGUUUUGCAAGCCUCCUCCGUCUUUGGAGAUACCAUCCCGCCAGUGUUCACUUCAAUCUCCGUUAACAUGACUGCCCUCACCAUUUCCGUGAGCUUUGAGGAGUACGUCAACGGCGAUGCCCUCAAUAUGUCGUUGCUGUUGCUUCACAACGGCAGUGACCUGGUGCCCGUGACGGGUGCAUCCAUUGCGCUUGGCCUGACCAAGACGGCCGUCGUGCAGCUCGACGAGACAUUUGCCCAUCAGAUUCUAUCCGAAGCCAACUUGUUGAUCAGUUUGGUCACUUCCGUCUUUACCUUGCAAGCUGGCUUUGUGCAAGACGCCUUUGCCAAUCCAAACGACGAGCAGGCUGGAGUUCAGGCCGCUGCUUACACCGCUGAUUUGCGCCGCCCCUGGCUUGAAUAUCUGAGUCUGAACUUGGACGCAGGCAGCAUGACACUGGUCGUGUCUGAGCCCUUUCAUCUGGCUUCAGUCAACAUGUCGCGUCUACACCUUGCCGGCAUGGACGCAUUGACGGCCGCCAGCAUUGACGUGUUUAAUCUGACGACCGUCACCAUCUCUCUCGAUGAGCCUACCUUGCAUGAUCUGAAGAAACUCGAAAACGUCACAACUGGGUCUCCGGCCCUAGCUUUUGAAUUUGACGAGGCCUUCUUGACCGACGUUGCAGGCAAUGUAAUGCUAGCAGACACCCUGUCCCUUAAUCAGUUUGUGGCUGAUAGCACGGGACCUUUGUUGGAGGUCAUGGCUUUGAACAUGAAUAUUGGGCAAAUGUCCCUGACUUUUAACGAGCCCGUAAAUCCGGUCUCAAUCGACCUGGCGCAGCUGACCUUUUUGGGUUUAGCAGGCGUGAGAGAAGAGCUGGAUGCCAGCAGCGCCACCAUUGUCACAGUCACCAAUCCCUUGGAAAUCAAGCUGAAUCUGACCAGCACACUUCUCAAUGAGCUUCGGCUCAAGUAUCUUGCGCGAGAUGCCACCACCUCACUCCUCAAUGUGAAGGCUGGUUUUGUGGAUGACACGACGGGCAAUCCACUGUCCUCAGACGUCAACAUCACGGCAUCGGUCUUCGUCGCCGAUGCCACGGCACCCACAAUUACUAGCUACAGUCUAGAUCUGACGGACGAUGUCCUUUUACUUACCUUUAGUGAGGUUGUCAACACUACCACAUUCAAUCGCACGGCCCUGUCCUUGUUGGACACUGACGACAGUCUACUUUCCUUGGCGCUCACCCUCGUGGCGCCCGAGAUCGUGCUCAGCCAAGUGAUUGAGGCUGACUUAAGUCAAAUCUCUGCCAAUCGCGUGAAGGAGGCUGUUGGUGCGGCCAUAAGCCUCAACACCACGCGCUUGGUUGCCAGCGAUGCCUUUGUUCAAGACACUGCUGGCAAUCCGGCAGUGGCAAUCACAGUGGCAUCUGCGCUUGAGGCAGACGUGCUGGUGGAUGACAAUCGCUCAGCAACCAUUCUCAAUGUUGAACUCAACUUGAACGCUGGUACGCUGAGCAUUAGCUUCUCUGAGUCCAUUGACUUGGCAUCGAGUGACAUCUCCCGAAUCAGCGCGGUUGGCAGUGACUCUGCCGUUGUGAUUCUUGCUUCGUCAUUUCUCAAUUUGAGUGCCAGUGUCAACGAUCUAAUCGUCGUACAGCUGAGCAAUGACGACCUGAACGAGCUCAAAUCACUGGCAGGCCUGGCCUUUAACGGAGACCAAGCUACCCUUGUGGUGGCCCGGGGCUUGGUGGUGGAUUGGAACGGCAUCAGCUCAGCUGCAUCAAAUACGUCGCUGACGGCCUACGUUCCCGAUGUAUCAGCACCUCGCGUUGUAGCGGCCAGUUUGCUGGUACAUCAGCGCGAGCUGGUCUUAGAGAUGGAUGAGGUCUUGUCGCUCCCAAGCGUGGUCCCAGCCAGUAUCCGCAUCAUGGACGGCGCCACACCCGUCGCCCUGCCCCCUUCCUCCGUUCCUACGGUGGAAAACCAGAGCGUCCUCGUUUUCCCGCUGGAUAAUGCCACCAUUGAAAGCCUCAAGAGUAUCGCAAGGCUGGAGGAAACGCCUUAUCCGGUUCAGCUGAGCUUGUUAGCUGGUGCUGUUACCGAUAUGGCAGGCAAUGACGUAAGCACGACGCUGAAGGAUUUUGAGCUGGUCGUGGCUGAUCAAGAUCAAGCUGUGGCCACGGGCUUCAACUUCACGCAAAAUGCCGGCGGAACCAUGUCAAUCGUGUUUUCAGAGCCCAUCAAUGCAACCACAGCCAACGCUAGUCGUGCAAUUUUACUCGAUGCUCGUGCCCAAACGUUCUCGCUUCGGUUGCGCGAGGCUCAGUAUAUUGAGGCCGAGGGUUUGUAUCAGGUGAUGUUCAUUGUGAGUUCAGCUGACAGCAACAACAUCAAGGCAGCUCCCUUGUGCACUGCAGCAAGCGACUGUUUCUUGAGCUUGGAGGAAGGCUUCAUUUUGGACUUGAAUGGGGAUCCCUCGGCCGCAGUGUCUGCCGCCAACGCCCUUCAAACCCAGGUGUUUCAGGCCGAUGAGGAUGGACCCGUGCUGCAGCAGUUUGCAAGCCUAAACCUCUCCACCGGUGUUCUUGUGCUCAGCUUCAAUGAGCCCGUUGCACCGCAGUCCGUCAACUUCUCGCGCAGCCGCCUUGAAAGUUCCCUCCUGGUCAGCAGUGGCAACGACGUGGUUAUUCUUCAAGCCGUGCUGGCAUCGAACGAGCCCGUCUUGGAGUUGCGUGCAACCCUAACCACGGCAACACUCAAUGCCAUCAAAAUCACACGCGGCCGUCUUUGUGGCUCUACUGGUACAUGCUUUUUACGUUUGGAUGCCGGGUUUGUCACAGACACGGCAGGCAACGCGGUUGCGGGCACGAGCACCGACGAUUUGGACCGAUUCAACCGUCGCACGCAAGAUCAGCCAUCCACGCUGGCUCUGGAUCAGGCCGGACCGGUGUUGCAAAGUUUCUCAUUGAACAUGGACACUCGCGUGCUGACCUUGAUCUUUGAUGAGCCCCUGGACGCUUCCACGUUGGCCCCGACGGGCUUGGUCGUCGUGCAAAACAACAAUGAAACUGCGGAAGUGCCGCUGAGCGGUUCAGCUAGCACCACAGUGUCAGGAUCGUACCUGCGAACGGUUUCCAUCACUAUAUCUACAGCUGAUCUGAUUAGCAUCAAGGCUGAUCAGGACUUGGCCACAAGUGCAGCUAACACGCGACUGGCCCUUUUGUCUGGUGUGAUUAGCGAUUUGAGCGCCAACCCCAACGUUGCUACUGCCACACCAUUGAGCCCAACAACCUUUACCCCUGACUCCGUUGCUCCCACAACGUUUACCUUUUCCUCCAUCGACCUCAACGAGGGUCUCUUCAUUCUCACGUUUGCUGAGCCUGUGGAUAAUGCCAGUCUGGCCUGUGACCGGGUCUUCCUUGCCAACAGCGCAAGCACCAUCGUUUACAACUUAACCCAGUGUUCUUCACAGGAGUCUGGAAGUCAGCGCCUGGUGUUGACGCUGCACCUUUCUGAGGCGGAUCUUGAAGCAAUUAACCGCCAAAGUGGUCUUGGCACAGCACGCAGCGAUAGCUAUCUUGGACUUCGAGCCGGGGCUAUCGCCGAUACCCAAGGCAAUGCCAUCUUCGCCAUAGCACCAAUUCAGGCCUCGACUUUUGUGGCUCUGCUGCCGGCAGAGUUGGAAGCUUACACGCUUGACUUGAAUCUGGGACAGCUUGUUUUAACCUUUUCCAUGGCAAUGGAUGAAAGCACUCUGGUGCCAGCCCAGAUGCAGCUGCAAAAUAAUCGCAGUGAAGCAGCUGCGUCACUCGUGGUUGUCCUCGGUUCAUCCGCCUCAGUGGUUUCCAAUGAGGGCACCGUGUUGACCAUUGGGCUAACGCAAGCAAACCUGGAUAUCUUGCGUGCCACAGCAGAUGGUCUGCUAGCAGCCCCACUUGGAGCCGCCACCAGCAACACCUAUUUGGCCAUGACAUCAGAAGCCAUCAAAGAUGUCCGUGCCCAGGCCGUCUUGUCCGUUUUGAGGACAAAUGCGCAACAAGCAGCGGCGGUGGUUGUCGAUGCUACCAUACCCGAGCUGGAAAGCUUCAACAUGUCCAUGAAUGCCGGGACACUCAAUCUGGUCUUUUCUGAGCCAUUGCUUCCCAACCUUAUCAACGUGACAGCAUGUCAGCUUGUGGGUUUGGACAAUGUUUCGGUAGCGCUGGCUGCCGACGCCGUCGAUGUCACUGCAUACACCCAUCCAAUCCUGCAGAAUGCGGCGCGGCGCUUUUGGGUGACAUUAAGUGCCCCCGUCCUUCGUAGCCUGAAGCUAGCGCUCGGGGUGGCUCGCAAUGCCAGCACUGCCAAAAUUCAGUGCGCCGCUGAGUUGGGGACGGAUGUUCAGCUCGUGCCCUCGGCACCUGUUGCUCUUCUCGAGCCCACCGGCUUUGAAAGUGACUUGACGGCACCUGUAGUUACAAGCGUGGAGUUGGAUUUGACGCGAGGUCAGGUUACAGUUGCCUUUGAUGAGCCUGUGCGUAUAGGAAACGCGACCGGUCUUGCUUUGGCCGCCUCAUCAGGAGGAGCUGCCGUGCCGCUGAGUUUUUCAGGAGCUCAAGUCGAGCUCGACACCGUUGCUGUUUUAAAUUUGACCACUAGCGCCCUGAAUGAUUUGAAGGCACGAUCAGACUUGGCCACUCGAGCCAACAACUCGUGGUUUCAGCUCCCCGCAGGCCUUGUUGAAGACUUGUUCUUCAACCCUUCACUUGUGGAGGAGCGCAUGGCAGACGUGGUCGUCAGCGACAGUCAGGCACCUGAGCCGACACACGUGCAUAUUAAUGGAGACACAGGAACUCUUGCUGUUUAUUUUGACGAGCCUGUGAUGCCGGGCCUUCAGCAAGAUUUGAUUCUGGGCAUCAAUGGAACAAACAUCACGCUUGACGCGGGCAGUGCCGUCAUCACACAAGACACCCCAACCGUAAUUCAGUUUGAUAUGGCCACUUCAGCGCGCAACACGGCCAUGAUUGCCUCCAACGGUCAACUUGCCUCUGUGGCGCUCUCUCUGAUAGUACCCGCGGACAGCGUGCUCGACACCACAGGCAACGGCAAUCAAGCAAAGACUUUGACGGAUGCUGCUGUAGUCGUUGUCUCUGAGGAUGUAAGCGCUCCAUAUCCAACAAGCUUUGUACUGGACCUGUUCCGAGGCACCUUGGAUCUAGCUUUGAGUGAGCCCAUCCGAAGCAGCUCUGUACAACUCUCCCUUUUGGGCCUGACCGACAAUACCACUUACGUCAUGUUCACGGGCUCCUCAACAUAUAGCGGCACCACGCAGCACGUCCACGUCGAUUUGGCUGCUGUCGAUCUGGAUGCCAUCAAGGCAAACCUGCCUGUUCUCCUUAUGGACAACACGACCACGCUAUUUAUCCAAACGGGAGCUUUUGCUGAUCUUGCAGGCAAUCUCAUCAGCAACACUUCCAUCCUUAGCUCUUUUGUGAAUCUGGACACAAAUGCUCCAAGCCUGGACUCAUUCACUCUGGUCAUGGACACAGGCGUGCUCACUCUUGUUUUCAAUGAGACGGUCAACGCGUCAUCUCUUCAAGUUGCUCAAUUGGCCCUUCAAUCUAGCUUUGCUGCUGGCCCUACACUUCCCAUCUCUGCUUCUAUCCUUACUAGCGUGCCGGAUCGUGAGGUCUCGCUUCAACUGACACCCGAGUACAUGAACAAACUCAAGAACGCGGGCAUCAUUUCCGUCAGUGCGUGUUGGCUCGUGGCUGAGGCUGGGGCUGUACGUGAUAUGUCAGCUCGCCCCGCACUUCCUCUUUUGAGCGGCUUGACGGCCAAGCAAGCCGCCGCUGUCACACCUGACUCUGUUGGCCCAAUCAUUAUUUCCUUCAAUGUCUCGCUGGACACUGGUCUUUUGUAUCUUGAAUUCAACGAGCCCGUUGACACAAGCACUUUUGAUUUGACGGCAGCUUCGCUGAGUGAGGUGCAGAAUCGCACUGCUUACUCGGGGGUGAACACCGUGACUGCCAUGGUUGGCAGCACGCCUGUCACAGUCUAUGAACCGUACGAAAACUUUACACGCUUGGGCUUGACUCGCUCCGCCGUUCAAAGUCGGGCAUUUGUUACUGUGCUAAUUGACACAGCCACUUUGGAUUUGUUUGAGAUGCGCAAAGCCACUGACUUUGCCCUCAACACGACGACAGCCUAUUUCUUUGCCAAUUCGAGCUUUGUUCGUGACCUGAGUGGAAACCUGCUUCAGGCCACGAGUGAUCAGGCUGGUGUUGCCCCGUCCGCCGUGGAGGCUGACUCUUCAUCACCUUUGGUGACAUCUUAUACUUUGAACCACACCGCAAACGCAAUCAGCCUGAUUGUGCUAUUUGAUGAACCAGUGGCUUCUUUGAACGAAUCUCUAAUCCGACUGGGCAACAGCACUUAUCGCCCCCCUGUGCUGCCAAGUGCGCUUGCGUUGAGCGCUGAUGGCCUAUCCCUGACCAUAAAUCUUGAUCGCAAUGCCACAAACAUGCUCAAGGCAGCCCAGCUUCUGCAAGGCCAGGACACAAGUGCGUUAGACUUGUUCGACGUGGCAGAUUAUCGCGGCAACACCAUCGGCAACAACGCCUUGCCGUUUACGCCUUCCGUCUUUGUCAGUGACACCGUUGCACCGAGCUUGCUAGAGGCAGGUUUGAACCUGAAUCUGCUGACGCUGCGGCUGACGUUUGACGAACCUUUACGGGCUGGUGUGGUGCCUGCAUCAAUCUCAAUCGGUAACGGCACCUUCAGCAUUGACCUGCCCAGCGAUACGACUGUGCAGCGCUUUGAAAAUGUUGUUCAACUUUCUUUGACCAGUGCAACUGCGUUCACGCUACGAUCGCUCGAUAACUUUGCCGACUCUGGUGCAACGAGCUUGCUCACCUUUACCAGCUUGCUUGGUGCAGACAUGUUUGGUAAUCCCGUCACCGCGGUCACUGACUUUGAGCCUGCCUUCCAGAGUGACACCACUGGCCCCAGUUUUACUACAGUGAGCCUGAAUCUCACCUCAGGGCUUCUUGUCAUUGAGUUUGACGAGCCUCUGCAGAGCUCUGUCAAUUUGUCAGCACUUUCUCUCGAUAGCUCAUAUUGGUCGCUGCAAGGGCUGCCCAGCACAGCCUCGGCGCCUGCCUUGAGUGGCGAGGUCAUCGACUUCACGUCGGUGCAACUUGAACUGGAAGCGAGUGUUCUCGACCGCCUGAAGGUUCUACAACAAUCCCGCAUUGAGAAUGGUGAACUGCGCUUGAAGGUGACAUCUCGAUUUGUUCGCGACACUGGAGGCACUUCCAAUGACGCUGCACAAACCACCAGCUUUUCGGUGUAUGGCGAUACCUUGCCUCCGGUGAUUGUGAGCUCAGUCCUCGAUUUGAAUAAUUCUCAGCUGGUACUGAAUAUGAGUGAAGUGACACAAGUCGAUUCCCUAGAAGCCAGCAAGAUUUCUCUCAAACACCCUUCCACAGGCAGCACGGUACCCCUGAGCUCAGCAACUUGGACCCGUGGAUCACAACAGCACAUUCUGCAGGGCUCUUUACCUCAGUCUUUGAUCAACGAGCUGAUGCUUGCUUUUGAGGACCAAGUGCCAAGCAUCAAUGCGCUCUUGGUGGUGGCGGUUGCUGCUGUUGAAGAUUUUGCAGCCAACGACAACGCAGCGACUGAGAUUGCUGUGUCAAACGUGGUGGCUGACGAGCGAGCUCCUGUUUUGGAGAGCUUUACGCUGAACAUGAAUCUUGGCAUUCUUGACCUCACUUUCAAUGAGAUUAUGGACCUUGCUUCGCUCCAACGCACGCUGUUUGAGAUUGUGAAUGCAGCAGGAGAAAGCGAUAGCCUUUUUGCGCCAUAA